GCCCAGCUAGAAGAGAUCCAGCUGGUUCUGUCAGACUACGUCCAACGCUCUGGAGGCGUGGAUGUGGAUGAUGCGGUCAUCACCCGGAUAUGGGUGCCGAUAGAAGCACCAGUCAAAGAGGAGAAGGACGGGCAGACCCUGUCUUUCCGACAGCGUCUUACGAAUCGAGCGGCCAAGGAGGCAGUGGAGAUCUACGUUCCACUGGCGCAGUGUGCACGCUCCAUGAGCCUUGAGGUGCUUGGCUUGGAAGCCGUGGGACCUCGGCCUCCACCAGAAGCUGCCAAAGUUGCAGACAAGCCUGGGGAGAAGCAGCGUGAAAAGAAGCACCGAGAGGUACAAAGCCUCCGAGUGCGCGUGCGUGGCACAACAGAAGAGUUCCAGCUUCAGAAGCUGCAGCGGAUCCGCGCGAGCCUGACAACUCCGGGCUCUCAGGACGUGGAAUCCAGCGAGCUGAGCCGGCAUUGGACCAUUCGUCUACCCUGGGCUGAGGCCGCUAAGAAGCCUGUGGCUGAG